AUGUCAGAAAACAUUGAUAAUCAAUUGAAAAUAAUUUGGUUAGAUGAAACAUUUUCUAAUAUUGAAAAAAGUAUUGAUGCAUCUAUACGAAUACGCUCUAUAACACAUCAUUUAAAAACAUUUUAUAAUAUUGAUCAAUGUUUGAACUAUAUAUUAGAUACUAAUGUUGAAUAUGUAUUUCUUAUAAUAACACUUUAUUCAUCAAAUACUGAUAUUGUACAAAAAGCAAAUUCUGUUUCAUCAAUUGCAUUUAUAUAUAUUCAUUCUCCAAUUAAAAUAGAUAAUAAUCAGCUUAUAUCUUUAUCAAAAUUACGUCAUAUUUCUACGAAUGAAGAAGAUAUUUUUCAACACUUACGUACAGAUAUUCAUCAUUGUACAGAGAAUUUAUUAUUAAGUUAUAAUUUAUUUGAAAGUGGAAAAUCAACUAAAACUUUAUCAAAAGAAUCCGGUAAGUUUCUUUGGCAUCAGUUUUAUUUAGAAACUCUUUUUCAAACAUUUGACCUUGAACAAGCAAAAUAUGAUAUGAUUGCAUAUUGUCGAAAUUAUUAUAUUAAUGAUGAAGUUGAACUUGAAAAAAUUUCUGAUUUUGAAAAAAAUUAUCAAACAGAACAUUCUAUUAAAUGGUAUACAAGAGAUUCAUUUUUAUAUCGUUUAUUAAAUAAAACACUUCGUUCAGAAAAUAUUGAUGAUAUGUAUAAAUUUCGUUUUAUUUUAUCAGAAUUAUAUAUACAAAUAUCUGAAUUACAUUGUGAUUAUCUUCAAACAAUACUUGAUUUAGAUCUUAUUCCAUAUACUUUAACUGUAUAUCGUGGUCAACUAAUAACACCAAAAGAACUUGAUCGAUUAAAAAAAAAUAUUGGAUCAUUAAUAUCUAUGAAUACAUUUUUAUCGACAUCAUUAAAUCGAAAUGUUUCACUUAUAUAUGCAGGUGAUGGUCAACAUCGUCCAAAUUUUGAAUCCGUUCUUUUUAUUAUUAAUAUUGAUACAAAUACAUAUAAAACGGCUUUUGCUGAUAUUGAAAAUCAUAGUUGGAAUAAAUCUGAACAAGAAAUUCUUAUUACUGUUGGUGCUAUAUUUCAAAUAAUUGAAGUUGAAAAAGAAGAUAAUAUAUGGAUUGCUAAAUUACAAGCAUGUAAUCCUCAACAUAUACAAAAUUUACAAGAAUAUCAUUAUCCUAAACCUGUUCAACAAUGUGAUGAUAAGAAAGCAUUUUAUUUUGGUAUGUAUGCAUUUUUUAUUGCUAUGGGUCAAAUAGAAAAUAGUAGCAAUUAUUUACAAGAUUUAUUUCAAACUAUUUAUCAUAAUAGUAAAUUAUUCGAAGUUGAAAUUAAAAAACUGAAUACUUUUCAACAAUAUGAUGUAAUUAAAAUUCGAGAAGAAAUUCUUGAAUUAACAACAGAUCCAGAAAUACGAUUUGAAAUUUUAUUAGAAAUUGCUGAAUUUCUUAUUGAAGAUGAAAACAUAAUAAAAGCAAUUGAAUAUGUGGAAAAAAGUCAAGAACUUAUUUUUCAAAAUAAUAAACCUAUUCAACCAUUAAAAUUAGCACGAUUAUAUACAACGAUUGGAUUACUUUGGAAUAGUCAAGGAAAAUAUGAAGAAGCAUUGAACUUGUUUAAGGUAAUAUUGAUGAUUUAUAAUGGCCAUUUACCACCAACUGCUCUACAAUUUGGAAGCAUUUAUAGUGAUAUUGGGAUGACAUAUUUUCAUUUAGAAAAUUAUACUGAUGCCAUUCAACAUUUCAAUAAUUCUCUUGAUAUUUAUUCACAAUGUUUACCAUCCGAUCAUUUUAUUAUUGGUGAUUGUUAUCUACAUUUAGGAAUGACCUAUUUUCGUUCUCAAAAUGAAACAGAAGCGAAAAGAUGUUUUGAUGAUGCUUUUGAAUUCUAUGAAAAAAAUCAAUCACAAGGUAAUUCUUGUCGAAUAGGAAGAAUCUAUCAUUGCCAAGGCCAUCUUUAUGCAUCAGCUAAUUACAAUGAUGAAGCUAUGCGUGCAUACGAAAAGGCUGAACAAUUGUAUAAAUCAGUAUUAUCAUCUGAUCAUUGCUUUUUUGCCGGACUUUAUAGUGAUAUGGGAUUAGCGCUGAAUAGCUUGAAUAAUCUUGAUCUGGCAUUGGAUUACUUGAAAAAAGCAUUAGAUAUUCUUCUUAAUCGUCAAUUAGAUCAUGAAGUACGUCUUCUUGGAACUAUUUACUAUCGCCUUGGAGAGAAUUAUUUUCUUCAAGGUCUUUAUUUUGCUAGUUUGACUAAUUUACAAAAAGCGUCUAAAAUAUUUCAACAAUUUUUACCACGUCAUAAUGAAACAUUACAUGAUAUUUUCCAUUAUAUGGCACAAGUUUAUGAUAAAUUGAAUAUGUAUAAAAGAGCUAUACUUAGUUAUCAACAAUUACUUGAUAUAAAUAUUCCACUUGAACGCGAAAUGGCGAUUACUAUUUUCUUUUCUCUUGGACGUUUAUUUGUAAAAACUGAGCAACCGAAAGAAGCUGUCAGACAUCUCGAAACAUCUUUAGAGUUGAACUUUAAUAAUAAUAAAGCUGCCUUGUUUCCAAAUCGUCUUUUACAUACAUAUCGUUAUCUUGGCUUGGCUUUUUCAAAUCUACAAGAAUACUCUAAUGCAUUCAAUCAUUUUGAACAUGCAUUAAAUUUGUGCAACACGAAAGAAGAUUUGACCAGAAUUUGUGAUUGUGUCAAUACAAGCACGGCUGUGGAGCAUCUUGCAUUAAGUUAUUACCAAAUAGGAGAUUACAACCAAGCUGAACUAUUUACUUUACGUCGAUUAACACUUUUACGAUUACUGUAUCAAAAUAACGAAACAACUGCUGAUUUUCCAUAUGCUUAUAGUCGUCUAGCUCGUAUUAAAUGUGAACAAAAAUGUUAUAAAGAAGCAGAAGAACUAUGUAUAAAAGCAUUUAAUGUUCGUGCAGAAAAUCUUUCAAACAAUGAUAUUAGGAUGGGUGUUUCGUUUCAAACAUUUGGCAUAAUAUCUAAUGCUCAAGGAAAGUAUGAUGAGGCAAUUGAAUAUUUUGAAAAAUUUCAGACAAUUCUUACUACCACAAGGAAAUCGGAGCAUCCUUAUUAUGCAUAUCUUUACGAAAACUUUGGAACUGUCUAUUAUAAUAUAGCGCAAUUUGACAAAUCUCUCGAGUUCUAUGAACGAUCUUUGGUACUGGCUAUUAAAAAAUAUCCAUUUUAUCGACGGUUUCAUGAAAGACUCAAAUAUGCAAUUGAGCGAAUAUUUGACCAUUUUUUCUAAUCACUCAAUAAAAUGACACGUGGGAUACUUUUUAUAAGAAUUUGCAUCGAGAAAAGAAACGCAAAAAUCAAACUACAUGAGAAGCUCAAAGGAGUAUCGGGAAAAUGUGCAAAAGAUAAGUGUUUUUCUGAUUUCAAAUUAAGAGAUAGCUAGAGAUCUAUCAUAUUCUCUAUAUGAAUUUUCAGUCUAAUGUGAAUUCUAAAUUCUAUAUACACAAUAAGAUUAUUAUAUGUCAUUGUUAUUUUUUUUAUUAUGACAAAACUUUUGAAUCUUCUCUUAAUUUCUAUGCUAAUAAUCAAUGUUACGAUGCAAUGUUCGGUUCUUUUAAAAUUUCAUAAAGAUCACUUAUAAGAUAUCAGAGAUGUUCGUCGGGGCACCCAGAUGGUCGGGGCCCAUGGGUUCCCCAUGGGGUGACGCCCCAAAUUGGGAUGGGGCGACAUAUUACUCCAUCAUAUGUCUCCGCAAGGAUGAAUUUUCGUAAAUUCAUUUCUCUACCCAUGGUGUGAACCAUGGAGUGAAAAAUUUUUCAACCCCAUGGUCUAAAUAAACUUUUAUCAUUUAUGGAAUCGCUUGAAAAAAUUGGAUAACGAGAUUGUAAAAAUUGUCCUAUCGUUGUACAAAUUAUACAGAAUGUUACACGUUCUGUCUAUACAUUUUCUCUUUUGCUCUUCAUUUUUGUUUUCCGUUGUUUUUCUUUCGUCUUUAAGUAAUAAUAUGAAAACAAUGUUUCAUUCUUUCGUUUUCUUUCUAUAAUUUUAUAGCUACUUUCACUAUUUCUUUCAUUUAUCGAGCCGUCAUUAUUUUUUCUCUUUUAGGGUGUGGGUGUGGGGUGUGGGUGUGGGUGUGGGGUGUGGGUGUGGGUGUGGGUGUGGGGUGUGGGUGUGGGUGUGGGUG